AUGCGCAGGCGUAGCUGUCACAUUUUCCACGCCUUGACAGAACUUGUGUGUUGGACCGCCAAGGUGUCCCCCGAGGCAAGCGUUUUCACGUUUUUCUACGGAGUCCACGGGGCGAUUAGCACGCCGGUUUCAGGAACAGGUGUCGACGGCUCCUGGGCGUUCAUCAUCAUCGAGUUGGCGAGACGACAGGGUUUACGACAGAAAGGGCAGCGACGCGGAAUAAAAUCAGAUGGCAUGUGGACAAAAGCACUUCCAGAAAAUCGAGCACGAGAAAAAGUAUGGUGCAAUCCUCCAAAAAGGGAAAACGCAGUGAGCUCUGUUUGGCGAGUCAUUGGAACUUGUGGUGUAACGAUUUGCCUAGAAACUUCAGCUUUUCCAUCGUACACCAAAUCCUGGUACACUUUCCCGAGGAAAAUUUCAUCACUGCUGCUACAGCCACACUGUUCGAGUACCACGUCGGUGUGGCAGAAGUCUACGAGCGCCUCUACGACUGUUGCUAGCCAGGAAGAUCUUAACGAUAUCCUUUUGCCGGGUGCCAGUCGCGUCCUGGCCUUCAACUUGGUCGUAAGUAGUUUUUGUUUUUGGCAAGCUAACGCGGUAACCUGCAUAUCCGACAACCAGCCCGUCAAGAUCCAGACGUCCAUCUUUCCACAUUUCCUGGAACUUCCUCAGAGACGUCUAUCGUGCCUCAUUUCUCAGGACAAGAUUGCAAAUGGCUACCUGGAAGCGAUCAUUAUUAUAUUCAACAGUGCCGCACACAUAGAAGAUAAACAAAAAGAGAAGGUAGAGGAGGCGAAAGAGGAAGAAGAAGAAGAGAAACAAGAAGAGGAAAAAGAAGAAUACUACAAAGAAGAAUACAGCAACUUUUUCCACCUGGAUGAUCAAAACCAUGAAAAUCCGAACGUUCGCGGUUCGCAGUUGAAUCCAGCCCUGUUGGUACCGAUGGUGCUCGGACUCUUCACUCGACAGACAUUCGAUCGUGCGGUCGGUCGGAAGGUCGGAAGUUUUGUCGGUAACCGACCCAACGACCGACCUACCGACAAAGGUAGCCGGUGGGUGUUCGCUGGCUUGUUCUGCCCGAUCUCCUGCACGUGCCACGUGUCUGUCGUGCUUCCUGACUGA